AUUUGGGAACUAAGCUGAGAAAAUACAAAAAAAAGCAAGUGACUAAAAUUUGAGCCGAGAGAAAUAUAUUUUGUGUUCCUGGCACUGCGCACAUCUCAAGGAGCUUUGUUUACGGUCAUGGCACUUGUUGUUCAACUAACGGCGAUUUUGUUGUUAUUAUCUCUCGCUUCACAUGUCAAUGGCGCCAGCACCGCGGCUCCAUCUGUCGCUGUCGACGUCACAUCAGCAUUGUCAUCAACAGAAUCACUAAUAACUGCAUCAUCAGCGGGAGUUAUUACGGUAGCAUCUUCACCUGCAGGCGAUGUCAGCGCAACAACAGUUUCUUUCGCUGUAGACGCCGGCGCAGCAGCGCCAUCCUUAGACUUUGGCACCACAGACACCAGCAGCCAGACUACCGAGUCCUCUUUGCCAAAUAACUCCUCCCUCACAGACGCAUCCCCUAGCAACGCCUCGUUCAUAGGUGACGUCACAACUCCACAGCCGCCUCCCGCAGAGCAGACGGUUCCGGUAGUUCCUCCAUCAGCAACAGGCGUCGACCCCGGGAAUGCAUCCCUGACGUCAUCAAGUGACAAUCUGACAUCUUCCUUCCCAGACGUGAAUGUCGUCAUAUCGUCACCAGCCCAGCCCAGUGGGGGGAAUGCACUUCCUGACCUGGUCGCAGAAACGACAGCAUCGUCGACUGAUGCUACAACGGCAGGGACUCCCUGUGACCUCAUUUCCGCCAAUCGAUGUCUCCAAGCAGGAUUCAAUGAUUUGAGCCAAUCGCUCUUCUUUCUCUUCACAUUUCGCAAACCCCAGGUUACCGUUCCUUACUUCUGCGGCAAAUUUAGCGCACACCGCACCUGUUUGCAAGAACACCUGAGGUCCUGUACUUCAAAGGAGCGUCUUCGGCAUGACGUGUUAAUGGCAGCGAUGGACUUCAUCUGCUUACCUCAGGCCACCCAAGUGGUCGCAGCUGUGUUGCCAUGUUUGCAGAAUGCACAGACAGGUGGAGGUCUUCUGCAAUGCUCUGGCGGUGCUCAGCUUGCUCUCAGACAGGGUGACAUGUGCAGCCUGAUGUCGGCAUACACUGACUGCGCCAGCCAAGUGUUCGCUCGCUGCAGUGCCAGUGCUGCAAGCGGCAUCCGGGACUUGCUGUACAACACUUUCUCGCCAUUCAGAGCCACUUCUGGUUGUCCGGCGAGACCGGCCACUCAGCUGCCCUUGGCAACGACUCCCUCUCCGGUCCCGUUGACUGGGAACUUCAUUCUGACAACCACUACAGCUACUGUUCCCUUAGCAAAGACGGGGCAGCCGUCUCCUCCGCAACCAUUUACGCCUCCCCCGCAACCACUCGUCCCCCCGAAACCUCGUCUUCAGCUGAAAUGCUACGAAUGUAGCAGCGCAUCUUCCGGUGCUGCCUUCAACGAGUAUUGUGCCCCUGACGGGGACGUAAGCCGCCGCUACUUGCACAGUUCUCUCCCUUGCAACGGCCCCUGUUACAGCAGAUUGCAGAAAAACUAUUUCGGACAUAUGUAUGUAGAACGAGGCUGUGGAGCUGGACUUCAAGCAAUUUUUCCAGGCGGGAUUCCAACACACGGCUGCCAUCAAAGACCUCGACAGACAUGGUGCUUCUGCUCCCAUCGCAACGGCUGUAACAUUCAGGACAUGGAGCAAUACAUGGAGUCAGUCUGAAAAUUCCUUCAUUAACAUUCUUCUUCGGGUGGAUUGACGGUGUAUUGUGGAUCAAUGUUGUAUGGAAGCAAAUGACAGACAAAAGAAAUUGUAUAAGAGAUUUGUAAUACCAGUGACAGACCUUCACGUGGAGCAAGAAAUCCUGUACCUUCUUUCAGCUUUUGAUUAAAU